AGAGGGAGUGUGUGUGUGAGAGAGAGAGAGAGAGAAAGAGAGAGAGAUAGGGGGGUGGACAGGCAAAACAAGCCACAUGCAUAAGGAGGGAGCCAGAGGCACAGAGGCAGAGAGGGAGAGUGUGUGAGUGUGCAUGUAUGUGUGAAAACGCUGCGCAUGUGUGAGUGUGAGGCACACUGACUGGAGCAGACGGAGAAAGGGAAAGAGGAGUACUGAACGACAGCCGAAACAGGAGGAGAGAUAACAGCAGAGGAGUGGGACAGAAGGAGAAGAAAGCCUUUACCCAAAGACCAGAUGAAAGAAAGGAAGGAAGAGACGGGGAGGUACAUGCAGAAAAACACAGCACAGAAGCCCAGUCACUGUACUGAUUUAGCUGAAUGAUUUGAGAGACAGAGACUGAGGGAUGGAGAAAAAGAGGCGAGAGGGACACGCUCAGUCACAGCUCGGAGGAGAAGGAACAAGGGUGGAAGAGUGAAGGACAAAGGCACCAAAGAGGAGAGGAGGAGAGGAACGAGUGAUGCGAAGCUCGAUGAAAGCAGCCUUGAGACAUGACGCAUCCCCCCUGUAACAGCCUCCUCCAUCUUACAUCUCCUCCAUGUUUUCCUCCCCUCACUGCUGCUUGUUGUUCAUGCUAGAAUCAAAGGGACAGGAGAGACCAUCCUCCCUCUGGUGAGACAUCCUCUUAACAAAGAGACUGAGAGGCUCGAUUUUAUCUUCGCAGAACAUCAUCAACGACAUUGACAGCAAGAACUGGAAAAGGAACGAGGAGGUGAGAAAGCACUGGAACAAGAGAAGUGCGUAGGCAGACAGGUAGAUGGACCUAAGGAAUCAAGAGGAGAAGUAAUGAGUCCAAGACACUGAAAAAAGGAACACAAGCACAGAGGCAUCUUUCAGACUGUUACCACGUCUUCUGCUCAGUUGGGUAGACUGUUUGAGUCCAAAAUAAAAACCCUUGACUUCCACCUCUGAGGAAUUCAGGAGCCUUGGAGCUUAAAGGAGUCAUUCCAACAGAGCACUACAGGACACCUCCUCAAAUAAGGACCUCCUCCCUCGUUCCUAUCAACAAACCACCUAGAGGGUCACACGAGGUCACUUGACCAAGAGCAGACAGAAAGACUGGAAGCUAUUCUUUCUUUCUCACGCACUCAAGGUGACUUGUAACACACUGGCAGCCAAAAACAGGAAGUGAAGUUUGAGUCUGAGCGAGAAAAAUGCAUAAGGGCUAGUUUGAGAAGGCAAUAGUUUCCUUGGCAGGCCACAGGAUAUAGUUUAUGACAAUACCUCUUGGACCUUCCUGAACUGCCUGAACUCAACCCCAACCCCGCCAUCCCCAUUCCGUGAAUGCAGAUAUCCACCAACCUUUACUGUAUGUAUAUAUGAGAGCAUCUGUGUGCAUAUGAGAUUAUUUAUUGGUGUUAUCACUGAGUGAGAACAUAUCUUUGUGCUAAAUUGUCGUUGUGUGUGAAUAUUCUGCAAACAGCCAUCAGAGACAGCACAGGAACAUCAGCAUAAGUGAACAACAACAACAACAACAAAAAACUACCUUUAAGUAGUCAACACCAGUCAGAUACUGUAAGCUGGACUAGUAAAUCAUCUGUACAUAUCAGAAUAAGAGCUGCAGAUUGUGGUGCACUGGCUGGGCUCCUCUAUCUGUUUUCCCCUCAUAAAGACUCAGGCUGACUGUGACUCCCACCAGAGGGGGGAUCUCUGAGGGAAACAUGGAGGCAACCAUCCGUCCCCAUGUCCCAUCGAAUGGCUGAUUUCAGAUAAGGAGCCCAAGUCUUUUCCCCUUGUCCUGAACCAGGCAGGGGCAUCCUGCACUGAUAAGAGCCACAACAGCCCCUCUCUCCUCCACCUCCAAAAACGUGCGAAUGUCCUGCCUCAGGCGUCAACCCAUCACGAUCCCCAUGGACACCGUCAAGAUCAUCCAGUCGGAGAAGUUUCCCAGAGAGUGCCCUGUGCCCGUCACCCAGCCGCGCUAUGCCCCACCCCCCAGAGUUGCAUGGGACGGUGGAGGCGAAGGCGAAAUCAUCGUCAAUCAGGCCUGCAGCGACUUGACCCUGGACAUGACGGGGUCCCCACGACCUAUGGUGCCCCCCGUGGCCCCUGUGACACGCAGGGAGCAGAGCUUCCUGGCGCAGCGCAAAACCAGUGCCAACGAAAUCUGUUACCAUCAAUUCCACUAUAAGAUGGAAGACGUCAUAGUCAACCAGUACGUACUGCGCUCCUCCUCCACCUCUUCCUCCACUUCUUCCUCUUCCUCCUCGGGACCCGUCAUGCCCUGCGAGCCCCUGGACUGUCCUACCUGUGGUCACACCUACAACUUUGCCGGCAAGCGUCCGCGCAUCCUCUCCUGCCUGCACUCAGUGUGUGAGGAGUGCCUGCAGAUCCUCUACGAGUCCUGUCCCAAGUACAAGUUCAUCUCCUGCCCCACAUGCCGGCGCGAGACAGUGCUGUUCACUGACUAUGGCCUGGCUGCUCUGGCCAUCAACACCAGCAUCCUGAGCCGCUUGCCCUCUGACCCCAAUGGGCCUGUGCAGUGGGGUGGAGAUGCCGACCGCAGCUGCUACCAGACUGUGCGCCAGUACUGCCAGUCAGCCUGCACCUGCCAGAUCGCCAACCCCUUGUCCUCCUGUGGCAUCAUGUAGACAAGGGGGGGCACUGCAGGCAUGACUCAAUACUGCCCCCCCACCACCACCACCACCACCACCACUCCUGUCGUCUAUAAGCUCUACCCUCUCUGCCAACCCCUCCCUGUCUCUCACACACACACGUACAGUAAAUAAAUCCCUCCACAGAUGUUAUCUCUAUAUAUUUAAUAGCACAGAUGGAUGCUGUGUGGGACUAAUGGAUGCCGAUGGUUGAAUAAAUAGUAUAUAAAUGUAUUUUAUGUAUGGACUGGAAUCCUAUUCACCCUCUCUCGUUUGGUUGGACGUGUUUGUCAUUGACAUCUCUUUACAUGGGAAUGCCAGGGGAGGUCUACCCCCCCAAACCUAGGUGAAUAAAGAUUAAAUAAAUGAUA